AUGAAAUUCAAGGCCUUCGUAACCGACAACGGUGUCAACCUCCUGGAGAAGCGGUUCCUCCCCGCCCUCGAGAAAACCGGGAAAUCGUGCCACCUCUACCUCACGCGCGACCACGCGCUCUUCCUCCACAACCUCCUCAACGGCGACGGCGUCCACUCCGUCGCGCAAUUCCGCAAGGAGGCGCUCUUCCACGACUACCGCAUCUCCAGCAACAACGAUGAUCGCAUCGCCUUCGCCCUCGACCUCUCCCUCCUACUCCGCGCCCUCCGCAGCGCCGUCGCCGUCGCCUCCGAGUACUCCGCCUCCGCCUCCUCCACGCGCCUCGAGAUCAAGCUCGUCAAGAAACUGUCCCCGAACUCCACCCAGCCCAUGCCGUUCCUCACGCUGGAAACGCGUGGGUAUAAGUCCGCUGUGAUUCAGGACAUUCCUAUCUCCAAACCCUUGUCUCGGGCGCAGGUUACCGAGCUUCAGAGCGCCCUUGAUUCGGCGCAGGAUCUCCCUCCAACACUCGUUCAGGUGCCUGAUUUGAAUCAAUUGUUGAACUUGGUGGAUCGGAUGAAGCUGGUGGGCGAUGUUGUGAAUGUGUUCAUAAGUAGACAUGGGGAUUUGAGUGUGCAAGUUUCGACCACACUGAUCAGUCUGGGUGCUGAGUUUCGGAGACUGGUGGUGAUUGGAGAGCAAACAAAUGCCCCUUCCGAAGAUCAAAAUCUCAGUGCUCAUGCACGAUCGUCAAGGUCCAUUUCAAGAGGAGAUGGACAAUCUGUGCAGGUUAGUGUGAAGCACUUCGCCAAGAGCCUUCAGUGUCACUUGGCCAGACCAGAUUCUGCUUUCUACGGGAUUGCUCCACAGGGCAGUUGCCUGACAGUAAUAUUUCAGUUCUUCAUUCCAGGUUCUCGCGAGACUGAUAAAUCAAUCAGCUUGCAUUGCAGGCUUCCUGUUCUUGAUCCUGGUUCUGGUUAA